AUGAGCCUUGAGCUGCUGCUGCUACGACUAAAUUAUACUUACGGCCCCCACCCUUUGCCUCGCGCACACACACACGGCUCCCAGGCCCCCCAUCUCUCUCCCCCGUACAGCGCUCACUCGCUCGCCCAGGUGCUGAUACAAGCAGAAAUCCUCCACGCCCCAUCGCCCCCACAACACAAACACACACCUCUGCAGACUGCACCUCCAGCGAGCGCGAGCCGGGAGGAGGCACAAAUCAGCCUCACCUCUGUUUGCUGCGUUUGCACGGAGCUCCGCCACAGAGGCCGGAGCUGCAGUGCUGUGAUGCUCGCAACUAUGUGUGGUUUCUGUAGAAUUAAGGAGUGA